AUGGAAGGAGUACAGGGAACGCAGGAGCUCCCGAAUGGUAGAGAUGCAAGGGCCUGUACUGACUGCUACCCUGUAGCAUCUUUGGUAGGAGUCAGUGAAGCGACUGAAUGCAAUGGCGCUAGCCAAGAGAGCCACCAUUUGCCGGAGAAAGGACUUUCCAACUGUGGUGGUGCCUUGCAGCUCACCAGGCAUCCUGUUGCUCCUGCAGCUGAACAACCAGGAGACCUUUCCCCGCAGUCGGUCGUGCAGAAGAAAGAGCCGCGGACGAUGGAUAGUUACUCUCUUGGUGAGGUCGAGAAGUCAGUUCUUCUCUCGGGCCGUAGCGAUGGGUUGCACGCUUGCCCACCACCUUCGCCGCCGACAUUUGCUGCUGCACCAUCAAACCAGCAGGAGUCCCGAGAAACUUCACGCGUUUCAGACUCAGAGCCACAGUGUGAUCAAAACCAGCAGCAACAACAAGGGCUGCAGGGGCCCGUGCAGAGCAGCGAGGGGAGCAGUGUUGGCGACGCACAAGAGCAACAGAUUAUCGAAAAUUUACCUACGAAGUCUCUCCCGACGUUCACUAAGGAGGAACUUCUCCAUGAAGACGCCAAUGACUUCAAUCUGGAGAGUAGCGUAGUGGAGGAGAAAAUCCUGCAAGGAGUGGGCAAUGCCAAAAAGGGUAAUAUCAUCCCAAGCCUCGCAGACAGUCUACACGAAGAAAUCACGCAUUGUGAAACGGUUGCAGUUCCAGCUGAAGACAGCACCAAGGCUUUGUCGAAAACAUGGUCUUGGCUGGCUGCAGUAGCGGCGAUAAGUCAGAUUAACAAAUCAAAGGGUAUCCACGUCGCCCCAGUCGAGACGAGGCUUCACAUAUGUGGCACCUCAGGCAUACUCAAAGCGCGCUCUCCAGAUGGUCUCCAGCCUCGUCGACGAGCGAGGAGUGAUGUGUACCAGGCUUAUGCUGGAGACAAGGGUAUUUUCAACACCCAUAACAGGACUACAACAUCCGUGAGACAGAGAUUUGUUUUUGCGCCAACGCGUGUCUCGCCAAGGAAAUCUAAGUCCCGGAAGUCCCCUCAGCGGCACCUUGAGUUCCUGAUCACCAGAAGUACCCCAGAGAACAAUGUUAUAAGCUGUUCAGUUCCUUCUUUUACCGCCUCUUGUACUCAAGAAGAAGAGCUGGAAGUUCCUCCCCCUGAACUCACACAAAUCAGACCGCAAGCUGAAGUGGAGUGCCGAGUGGUGCCCCCGAAAAUGCCUGUAGUUCAGACUGCUACGAUGCAUGACCACGCGAAGGAGCCACUGACCAAUCAGGACGUAGUUCCCGUGCUACUGACAGCUGAUUCUGGUAUCGUGCUUGAGAAAAAUAUAGGUAAUCUGGCAGAAAAUGCCAGCAGCGAACAAAAAACCAGUGGAACAUCCAAAAUCAAGUCAGUAGCGGGAAGCAAUACUGCCAUAGAUAUGGUGGAGUUGGAGAGUGACCAUAGGCCGUGCUUUCCUGCCCAUGAUGAAGAAACAUCAAUUCUUGAGAAUCGCAGUGACGAAUACUCCAUACCUGGUAACCUCAGCGUACAGCUGCCUCGGAUACCGAGCCUUAGCAUCACGAAGAAGCAACUGCUUCUUGCCGACGAGGCACAAAACGUGGUUUUGGAGCGAGACGCUCAGACAGGAGAACAGCCUGGAAGCGCUUCCCACCAAGUGGACGGUGGUGAUCGGGGGGACAGUGAACGAACGGACACAAGCGCAAUACUGUCUAAGGACGAGAAUAGCCAAAGAAAAUCGGCAGAUGAUAGCCUCUCUUCACGCAGGCAACAGCAUGGCCAGCAGCUCAACAGUGGAAAAUAUAUUGGCGAGCCUCGGACCUUCAUAGGGUCUGCGAUAGAUUGCGAUGGCCUGCCUGAGCUCGGAGAGAGCUCCAUAGUUCCCUCCCAACCGGAGAGAAUUUUGGAGGAUUGUAGUCUCAUAGGAAAGCUGACUGUAGAAGAGACCUCACAUUAUAGGGCUAGAGACGCUGAUGAUCACAGCGUUUUGUCCACAGAUGACGGGGGUCGACAUUUGGUACCGCAGGGAACUGACUUUGGCCUCUGUGCCGGCAAGAAACUAUACUGGAGAACUACUUCCUGUGUGGAUCCGAAGAUCCACACCGUUGAACGGCUACCACUCCGCAAAUCCUCACUGCAGAAAGCAUCGAAGCAUGUUUUCAGAACGCUCUCAUGCGUUUUGGGACAUGCAAAUAUUGCUGCUCCGCCAUCAGUAACAUCGCGAGAAGUGGCAGCCACCAAAACUGCGCUCUCAGCCCUUGCAGAGGUGGCUUACCCUAAGUCAGAAGCCACACUACAUGCAUCAGUGGCAGUGGAAGAGAACGAAAGACAAAGCAGUGCUGUAGCUUCAUCAGGGAAACAAUCACAUCAUCUUGGGCUUGCGCUUGGGGACGAAGCUGGCAGGCAUGUAGGUGACACUACUGCCUUCCGCGAAUCCGUGCGAAAUGAUGCAGCGGCUCACGUUAUUGGCAAAACCGAAGCCCUAUCAACUGACGUUUCGCCACAGCUUUCACGCCUGUGUCAGGAAGCAUACUUGAAGGAAAAUAUCUGUGGAGACAGCACGCUUGGCCAUGCCGUACGCAGCAGUGGUAGACGCAGCUUCGGCCACCAUAGUAGAUCGUUCUCGCUCAACAGAGCACCAGGCCUUUCCCACCUUGUGCUGAGUCCACAGGACGAUUCGUCGCGCUCAAUUCAAGUUGAUUGGCCUCUGACAAGUCGCUCGUUUCCAGCCAUAGUUCCAUAUGUCUCCCCAAGGCAUGCUGCGGGGUCUCAAAACGCUUCUUUAGGUCUCCGAGUAGCCUCGAGCUCCCGCAUAUCCAGAGCGAGGUGCCACGGUGGGGCUAUAACUCUUUUCAAGAAUUUUGACGCUGAGGGUAGUGGUGUGGAAGCUUUUAAAAUUAGAGAGGGGCAUGCUAAGCGAGUCAGUGAUGCCGAAGAGCGGAUGCCAUGCAGCAUUGCCGAAGAGGCUAUGCGGCAGUUUGCACUACAGCAGGCAGGGGCUUCUGGAACCGGGCCUUCUGAUCUUGUCCUACCUCGCGUAACAACCAACAACGAGGCAUCUUGUAAUUACAUAACAGAAGUGUCCACAGAAACAGCAGGAGCCUCUGAACGUUUCCAUCUUUACAACGGAAGCUUUCGAACUCUGCAGCAGAUCGUGCACUUGCACUUCGCUGCAAAGCAGCAGAAUAGCGCCACCUACAUACCAUCCCCUGUGGACUGCCCGGCUGUCGGAACAGAGAGGACCGUGUUCAUGGAAUGCUCGCCUGAAGAGCAGAAUCCUGCUCACACCAUCCAGGUUCAGCAAGACAUUGGUAUUCCCAAACUGCAGCAUAAUCAAGGUGACGGAGCAUACAAAAGAGACAGAGGCGACUACUGUCCUGCUACUGACAUGUCUGCGCAUUGUUUCCAGCAUGAAAGCGAAGAGCCCCACUUACAGGAAUCGUUGCACGUUCCUGGUCGCAGCAUCCCCCGUGUCCCCAGGAAGCAGGGGAGGCAAGCAACUGGAAGCCAGAACGCAUCUGCCAGUGGAUACUGCUGCAGCACGCUACAUCAGUACAGAGGACGGGACCGUGCUUACCAUCCAUGCCCUGGCAGCCUAUUGUGGAAUGGUCCGCUGCGGCAGUUCCAGCUGCAGCAUCAUAAGCGCGGGAUGUUGCUACUCCCGAGCUGCUUUUCUGAAGCUUUGUACUUGAAGCAGAAUGCUCUACGGGGCAGAUUACAAAGGCAGUGCAAGCACGCGGAGUUGCUGCAGCAGCAGCUUACUAUGCAGCAAAAGCAGCUCCAAAUAACAAUGCAGCUUCAGCAGGCACAACUACAGCAUCAGCGGAAUCAGGCAGCCUUGUGGAGAAGCUGUAUCAGUAGUGCGAACAUGCUGAGAAGAUCACAUUUGGGACGGAGCUUGAAAGCAGGUUGCAUACGACGCCGAGGAAGAAGUUUAGGCCGUAGUAGACAAAAAAUUUCAGGGCUUAUCGAAGCAGCAGCAGCAGCAGCCGCUGCAGCUGUCGCCGCUGUUGGCGCAUGCGAACAGAGAGUACAGGCCCUAUUUUCUAGCCCUCAAAAUGUCGCGCCACCUCCACGUGAGCCUGUAGAAAGCAGUAGAGAGAGUGGGCAAAGUGCACUUCUCGCGGCGAAAAAGAAUAAGGUAUCUGAUGUGCAGCACCAGCUAUUGGCAGAUCAUACGUUGCUUGGAGAACAGAUACAGCAAGAAAGCCAUAGAAUAACACAGGGGAGACUCGUUGAUGGCGAAACUUUUGGGGCUCCCCCAGGCGAUUCGUCUUGCGUUGCUUGGGCGUCGAACAAGCUAAAUGAGGAGAAACUCCAAAACACUUUGUCGCCUAUUCGUGAAGCAGCCGCCGCAUCUACCCCGCCGCCAUGUGACACAGGAGCGGAUGAACGAAGUAAAACAAAAUAUUGUCCGAUGCUGGGUCCUAUAUCGCACCAAACACCUGCAGUAGAAGAUGCAAUUAUUCCAUCUAUGCCAAGCCCACAUAUCCCAAGAGUCGAGUUUGAGUGUGCAUACGUAAGACCUAUUGCAGAACUGGAGCCUCUGCUUCCAUCACCAGUAAUGAAAGCGCCUGCAGAAGCUACCACUGAUGCAAUUAGACGAAACCAUCCAAGCCCACAUAUCCCAAGAAUUGAAUCUGAAAGUGCAUACAUAAGACCUAUUGCAGGGCUGGAGCCUGCGUUUCCAUCACCAGUACUGCAAGUGCAUGCAGGAGUCAGCAUUGCAGACGGAGAAUCAUAUCACCAGCAAGUCUUGGCUUCGGCAUGUAGACUGACAAACGCACGUAGAAUUGCUGCAACUGGACUUCAAUUUAAUGGAGGCAACUCCCCCUGUUGGAAAGGCAUGCAUACGGAUAUCAUGAUUCGACCAGCACGUUGUCCAGCAGGUAAUGCUAUUCUUCCCAGCUCUAGUGGUAUUGGCGAGACCAACACUGUAAGUAAAAGUCACCGACGAUCUCGCACAGACACUUCAUCUCUCGGUCGAAAAGUUGAAUCUAGGAGCAGCAGUACACCAGUACAAGACAAAAGAAGUAGAACCAGGAAACAAUUUUACCCGGUAGCUUCUUGCCACGAAGGAACAAAUUUGCCUUUAUUGGAAGGCGUGCAAGGUACGCCAGGAAGGUAUGGCUGCAAAGCAGUACCCGUGGCGUAUCAGCGGGAUCCAAGCAUGUCAAUCUUCAACCAACUGUUUACAGAUAGUGUACGUAGGCAGAAAAAUCUCAUUCUUCUCCGUACACAGAAACUUUUGGAGGAUAACAUUUAUUUCCGGCUAGGAAAAACAUAUACAGGGCAGGACAGGAAGAAGACUAAAUCUAGGAAGACCCCGCAAGUUUCAGCGGGACGGUUUCCUUCUCCAUGCAGCCUGGAUAAAGCCACGAAUACGGACAAAACGUGUGGGGUUCUCUUGAAGCAUGACGUGAACAUCUGCUGUGAUUCUCACGUUUCAUCACAAGACACACAGCUUUCAUCAUAUGCAGAACGUGCCGGCGUAGCAAGCAAGAUAUGGACAAAACGCUGCCUCAGCUCUCUUAGUAAUGGGGGAAAAAGUAAUGCAAGUAGCAGACAUGAGCAAUCGGUGCCUACCAUCGACGCAAAUAAACAUCAAGCCUGUCUGUAUCACAGCCGUAUGCUUGUCUUCCACACGAAUGUACCAGAAGCACCGCAAACGGAAGGCAGCAAGCGACGAACGCAGUCUGCUGAUCCAGAAAAUUCAGCACCCUUUUAUCUGCCUCCUGUUCGCCAUGUAUGCAGAAACAGUGCAGCGGCAGUCGAGGCAGAGAGCAUUUUGUGA